AUUCUAUUGUUUGUCUUCAGACAGUUAACAUGGUAUAGUUAUAAAGUUCUGUAUUAAUAAGCAGAAUGGCGGGCUUUGAGUUAAUAUCGGAUGAAGGCUAUAGGUUUGAUGGAAGAAAGCCAAGUGAAUUAAGAAGAGUAAGAUGUAACAUGGGUGUGUUUACACAAGCUGAUGGUUCUGCUUAUAUUGAACAGGGUAAUACCAAAGUUCUUGCUGCCAUAUAUGGUCCACAUGAGGCAUCAAAUAACAUGAGGAGUAGGGUUUGCUUGGACAAAUGUUUUAUCAACUGUGAGUUUAGUCAAGCAAUGUUUAGCUCAGCAGAGCGAAAGAAAAGAUCCCGUGGCGAUCGAAAGGGAAAGGAUAUGUCGGCCCAUAUAAAACAAACAUUUGAAGCAGCAGUUCGUACACAGUUAUAUCCAAGAUCACAAAUUGACAUUUACCUACAAGUACUUCACUCUGAUGGUAGCUUGUAUUGUGCUUGUGUUAAUGCUGCUACACUUGCUCUCAUUGAUGCUGGUAUAGCUAUGAAAGAUUAUGUAUGUGCUUGUUCAGCAAGUUUAACUAAGGAAACUUCACUCAUUGAUAUCAAUCAUGUGGAAGAAUUAGCUGGAUGUGCUGAAUUCUCUGCUGCAAUCAUGCCCAAACUUGAUCAAAUCAUUUAUUCAGAACUAAAUGGCAGGAUUCAUCAAGAUGAGUUGGGUCAAUUAGUGGAUGCUGUAACAAAUGGAUGUAAAGAUAUUUUCGCAGUUAUUGAUCGAUUUGUAAGAAGUCGCUUAGAAGAAACUGCCUCGUAUUUCACACAUUCAUAACUUUUUGUACUUUGCAGUUGUUUUAAUCAUUUUCUUUUACAUUCUGCUCUUUGCGUGUUGCAGUAUUGUAUUAUGAGAUGUGUUUUUUAACGCUGCCUUUCUCAAUAAAAUACAACUUCAAUGUGAAA